AUGUCAGUGCUGCAUGCAGGCAGCAAGAAGACAGCAAGACCAGCAAGGGACCCUUUUUCAGCAUACAGCAGCAAAUACCUCACCGUUCCUCAAAACCGCACCUCCACGCACAGCGGCAGGAUCAAUGGAGCCUUGGAAGCUCCAAGCUGUAUGCAGUCCUUCAGCAGCUCUAUUAUAAACAAUUACCUGGAUGGGACACGAGAUGGGGCUGUGGCCAAAGGGUCCUCCAGUGGCAUGCACUUCAGGGACAGCAAGAGGAAGGUGGACUAUGUCUUAGCCUACCACUACCGCAAGCGCCUGGCUCGACACCUGCCCGCCCCGGGCUCGCCGGAGCCCAUGCGCAGAGCUGCCUCCCUGAGCCUGGUUUCCAAUGGAGGGACGGCCAAGGGCAGCGCUGAGCUGCACCCACAAGAGCCACCGGGGCUGCCUGGGGUGCAGGUGGUUGAGCUCAGCCCCCUGGAUGCCCUGGAAGAGGAGAAGCAGCUGCAGCGGGAGGAAUAUGAGCGCAACCUGGUGGAAGCAGGGCUGGAGAUAGAGAAGGACCCUGAGAACAAGAGCCAAGGACUGAGCUUUGUCCGGAUACAUGCACCGUGGCAAGUACUCAGUCGAGAAGCUGAGCUCCUUAGAAUCAAAAUGCCCACUAAAAAGAUGUAUGAAAUCACAGAAGAAGGAGGAAUACUCAAAAAGUUAAAUGAAAUAUGGUGCAAGCUGACUGAGCCUCUGCAACCCCAGGUGCCACGCCAAGAGAACACCAACAUGAAAACCUUGUCUUACCCAUUUUCCAGAGAGAAAAUCUAUUUGUAUAACAUUAAAGACAAGGACACCUUUUUUGACAACGCUACCCGCAGCCGAAUAGUACGUGAGAUCUUGAAGCGCACAUCUACAAAGGCCAGAAGCAGCAUGGGUAUUGGUACAUUAAUAGCAAACAACGUUUAUGAUGCAGCAUAUCCACUCCAUGAUGGUGAAUAUGAAGGCAAAAACGAUGCCAUGAAUGAAAGACAGUUGCUGUAUCAAGAAUGGGCAAGAUAUGGAGUAUUUUACAAGUUUCAGCCUAUUGACCUUAUAAGAAAGUAUUUUGGAGAAAAGAUAGGACUUUAUUUUGCAUGGCUGGGUUUAUACACAGAAUUCCUCAUUCCAUCUUCAGUAGUUGGGAUUAUUGUGUUUCUCUAUGGAUGCAUAACCAUUGAGAGCGACAUUCCCAGCAAGGAAAUGUGUGACCAACACAAUGCCUUCACCAUGUGCCCUCUGUGUGACAAGUUCUGUGACUACUGGAACCUCAGCACCGCCUGUGCUACUGCUCGAGCCAGCCACUUGUUUGACAACCCUGCUACAGUCUUUUUCUCUGUCUUUAUGGCUCUCUGGGCUACUAUGUUCCUUGAACAAUGGAAGAGAUUACAGAUGAGACUCUGUUACUUCUGGGAUCUAACUGGACUGGAGGAAGAAGAAGAGCAUCCCAGACCAGAGUAUGAAACCAAACUCCUGCAGAAAAAGCUGAAGAAUAAAAACAUCACAGCAGAAAACUCAAAUGAAGGUGAAAAGGAGAAGCUGACGUGGAGCGACCGUAUGCCUGGAUACGCAGCAAACUUGGGCCUGAUUUUAUUUAUGAUCAUGCUGACCUGCUCAGCAGUGUUUGGAGUGAUCGUUUACCGGAUCACAACCGCAGCAGCUUUGUCAUUCAGCACCAAUCAGACGCCCAGGUCAAACGUCCGGGUGACCGUGACGGCCACGGCUGUCAUCAUCAACCUCGUCGUCAUACUUAUACUUGAUGAGAUUUAUGGAGCUGUUGCCAAAUGGCUGACAGAAAUUGAGGUACCAAAAACAGAGAAAACCUUUGAGGAGAGGCUGAUUUUGAAGGCAUUCCUACUGAAGUUUGUGAAUUCUUAUGCACCAAUUUUUUAUGUUGCCUUUUUUAAAGGAAGGUUUGUUGGCCGCCCUGGUCAUUAUGUGUAUGUGUUUGAUGGCUAUCGAAUGGAAGAGUGUGCUCCUGGAGGCUGCUUGAUGGAACUCUGUAUUCAGCUGAGCAUCAUCAUGCUUGGAAAGCAACUGAUUCAAAACAAUCUGUUCGAGAUUGGAAUCCCAAAGCUAAAGAAGCUCUUCAGGAAGCUGAAGGAUGAAAGAACUGAGCCAAAAGAAGUGGACACCAACCAAUCAAAGGACCCUCAGCAAUGGGAUCUCGACUAUAUCUUGGAACCUUUCACUGGGCUGACUCCAGAAUACAUGGAAAUGAUCAUCCAGUUUGGCUUUGUCACCCUCUUUGUUGCCUCUUUUCCUCUGGCACCUGUCUUCGCUCUGCUGAACAACAUCAUAGAAGUCCGGCUCGAUGCGAAAAAAUUUGUGACUGAGCUGAGGCGACCAGACACAGUGAGAGAAAAAGACAUAGGAAUCUGGUAUAACAUCUUGAGUGGCAUUGGAAAGCUUUCAGUCAUCAUUAAUGCUUUUGUCAUUGCCAUCACAUCUGAUUUCAUUCCACGCCUUAUGUAUCAAUAUGCCUACAGUCAGAAUGGAACCAUGCAUGGCUUCAUCAACCACACGCUCUCCUACUUCAAUGUCAGUCAUCUCAAGGCUGGGACACAGCCAGAAAACUCCCCUUUUGCACAAGAUGUUUUAUUCUGCAGGUUCAAAGACUACAGAGAGCCACCUUGGUCCCCAAACCAGUAUGAGUUCUCUAAGCAGCACUGGGCAGUCUUGUCUGCUCGCCUGGCUUUUGUUAUUCUGUUUCAGAACCUGGUGAUGUUUCUCAGCGUUCUGGUGGACUGGAUGAUUCCUGACAUCCCCAAGGACAUCAGUGAGCAGAUCAAAAAGGAGAAGAGUGUGCUUGUUGACUUCUUCUUGAAGGAAGAGCAUGAAAAGCUGAAGCUGAUUGAAAGCUUCAUCACCCAUGACAAGCACAAACACAAAAGUGGGGCCAAAGGCAGCAGGAUCCGGGCCGCCAGCUUCCAGGGCUACCACGUCAACCCCAGCAGGCAAAGCAGCUUCACCUCCUUUAGCUCCCAGCACACAGAAGUGUGACUCCUUAGGGAAGGGUAACACAAACUAUGCUUACUUCUGUACUAUCUGCUUGCUGCGUGAUGUGAUUCGCAACCUGAAGCAAGAGAGGCAGUCAAGGAAGA